GUGGCGCGGCAGGUGCCAGGAGCCGCCGGGGUUCCGCCCCUUUGCUCUGUCUGAGGGCGGUGGCGGCAGCCGCCGUCGGAGCGCCCGCGGUUGCAGGGGGGCAGUUGGCUUCGGGCUGUGCCUCUCACCCUCCUCCUGCUGCCCCUCUCCUCCUUCCUGCAGCAGAGCGCUCGGCGGCACCCGGCGGAACGAGAACGAGACACUGACCCUCAGGCGGCAUGAACCGGCCUCACCGCGGGGCCGCGGGCAGCCGGGGCCUGGGCACCAUGGAGGUGAAGAGUAAGUUUGGAGCAGAAUUCCGACGAUUUUCUCUGGAGAGAUCCAAACCUGGAAAGUUUGAGGAGUUCUAUGGAUUAUUGCAGCAUGUGCACAAGAUACCAAAUGUCGAUGUUCUGGUAGGAUACACGGACAUUCAUGGAGACCUGCUGCCUAUCAAUAAUGAUGACAACUAUCACAAAGCAGUUUCCACAGCUAAUCCCCUACUCAGGAUUUUCAUUCAGAGAAAAGAAGAUGCAGACUACAGUGCCUUUGGUACAGAUACUCUGACGAGGAAGAAAAAUGUUCUAUCAAAUGUGUUACGUCCGGAUAAUCACAAGAAGAGACCACACAUUGUCAUUAGCAUGCCACAGGACUUCAGACCAGUGUCUUCCAUUAUAGAUGUAGAUAUUCUUCCUGAAACCCAUCGCAGGGUGCGACUUUACAAAUACGGGACUGACAAACCCCUUGGAUUCUAUAUACGAGAUGGCUCUAGUGUCAGAGUAACACCACAUGGAUUAGAGAAAGUGCCAGGGAUUUUCAUAUCUAGGCUUGUCCCUGGAGGUCUGGCUCAAAGCACAGGCUUACUGGCUGUCAAUGAUGAAGUACUGGAGGUGAAUGGAAUAGAGGUUUCAGGAAAAAGCCUUGAUCAGGUUACAGACAUGAUGAUUGCAAACAGCCGAAACCUGAUCAUUACAGUAAGACCAGCAAACCAGAGAAAUAAUGUUGUGAGGAACAGUCGGACUUCUGGCAGCUCUGGCCAGUCCACUGAAUCCAGCCUUCCAAGCAGCACACCAAAUAUUUUAGCAAAUUUCUUGCAAGGGGAAGAGGAGAGCGAUGAAGAGGACAUUAUUAUUGAAGACAGUGGUGAGCCACAGCAGAUUCCAAAAGCUACACCUACUAGCGAAAGCCUGGAAUCAUUGGCACAAACUGAACUCCUUCAUGAACUGACACAGAAUGGAUUUCUUCCUUCCACUGAGAUGAAUUUGAAUCAUUCAGCAGGCAGCAUUAGCAUGGAACAUGAAGUACAAGAUUCAGAUCAUAAGUCGUUAGAAGAAGAUGGAACAAUUAUAACACUGUGAAAUUACACUGGUGUACUAUGUAUUAAAGAUGCCAUACAUGUUUUGAUUUGGCUUAAGAUGUAAUACAUUUGAUACCUCUCCCUCUAUCGAGCGCUGCAGUUGGAGUAAAAGGAGGGGAAAAAAGUAAAUACAAGAAGUUCAAAAUUAUGUAAGUUGACUAACUUCAGUUAAUUGUGCACUUCAGUGUAAAUACUUCGCAAAGAUGGAAGAUAACUGAGAAGUGACUGAAGUCGAAUGAGGAGAAUUUAAAUUGAAAAUGAAGGAUAGCUAAGAGAUGUCUGUGAGCUUUCUUUUAAAGGUACUAUAUUUCUUUUUAAUGCAGAAUACUACUGGUUCUGUAGAAGUAAAUUUCCAUUAUUGUGUGAGGUUGACUGUCUCAUGUACUGUGGUUUCAUGUUCAUCUGCUGCUUACGUAUGAUGGAGCUGCUUUGGCCACUUCAUUCCUGUUCCGGGCUGCUGUUUACCUGGUAGAGCUGCUUGUGUGGCUCAGUGUAUGAGGAAACUGAAAAAUAAGCAGGAGGUGGGGUGGGAAGAGAUGUUUGUGGUUGUUCUAGUUCCUGACAUUGAGCAAUAGGCAUCUGUAGUAGUGGUCAGCAACUUGACAGCAGCCAGGAUCUGAAGGUGGAGGCUUCUGAAGUUGACUGUUCCUUUGUAAAUGAAUGUGCAACCACAGUAAAUUUCAAAGAAAUCAAAUGUAAACUUGAUGCUAUGGCAAUAACAUAACAUAAUCCUUGUUAAAAUCGCAGUCCCAGUAGAGGCCAUAAGGAUUUCUACUAGAAAGGUAAAUUAAAUCCCUAGAUUAAAAAAAGUUUUAAAUCAGAAUGAAGCUUUUAAUAGACCUUGUUUGAGGCAUGUGAUAUUAAAUGAUUUGUUACUAUGAACUACACUGUAAAUGCUGAUCUUUCUGUGUACCACUGGCUGGGUGUUUUGAAUAGUGCAAAGCUGCUAUACGUAAAACACCAAUGGUAAGUCCUGAUACUGCAAGUGCAUAAGUCUGCAUGUGAUCAGCUGCAAUUACAAGGAGAAGCACAAGGAGAGGCUUUCAGCAUUAUUUUUCCCUUUUUAGUAUCUCCUCCUUUACCAUUUUGGCAGUCAGUUCCCGACUUGACCCUUCUCUGGAAACAUAAUUUGUGGCAGGAAAAUGAGAUGGGGACUAACAGGACUGGGGAGAAGGAUGGAUGGAAGUUCUUGCCAACGAUACAGUAGUCUAUGUCAACCUCUAAGGAGGUAGUAGGGUGCUACUGGUUCUGUACUGUGGUACUGUGCUUACCAGAGCCAGCAGUUGAGGUUCUUGGAAGCUUGUUCUACCCUAUGAGGAGAUAGGAUGAGUGGGAAAGAAGACUAACCCCUUUCUUUUUUUUCCCCUCAGUCUAUCUUGAGGAAAUAUCUACCUCUGGUAACUUUACUAACAAGAGACUAAUAAGUUUAAUGUUGAGGUAUCUGUAAAAGUCUUUCUAGGAUAUCAGAGGCUAAAACUGUUUAAGAUUUCCUUAAUGAUGUAAACAAAAAUGUUUCAGAAAUUACUACUCUUCAAUUUCACUAAAUGCAGAUUUGAAAUUCAUGUCUGAUGAGCAGUAGUAUUUUCAGGCUAUCAGUACCACUGGAGUAAAAUCUUGUAGAUGACAAGGAAGGUUUUCAUGCCCAUUUUGAUUCAUGGAGAGUUACCAUAACAGACAAGGGACCUCUGCAAAUACAGGUUAGAGUUCUGCUUUGUCAGAUAUAUUUAUGGUUUCUUCAGUGUGCAUAUGGAGAGGCCCUGGAAUCUUUUCCAAUCUGAGCAAGAAUUUUGAAGUGUUCUACUUACUUUGCUAAUACUUACUAAAAAUGAAGUAACUCCACCCACUUAGUGUGAAAUGAGGAAAAUAACUUCAUUCUGCAUGUAGACUUUAAAUUAUACAUGUUUUCUGACAGUGCUGCUCUACAAUUCCUUUAUUUAAGGAAGAUUGUUUACUUUGAAAUGUCUUUUCCUGUAUCAAAAGACUUUCCUUCCUGUGUGAAAUCAUCAGUGGAGGGUGACUUUCAUUAAUUAUGCUAGUUUGCACUUCUGUGCCUUUUGUUUACUUGAAUGUAUUCUGAAUAAGCAAAGGAAUAAAGGCACUUGGAUGAGAAGAGACCUGAGGACCACAAAUACAGAAAAUGAACUGGUAGUGCACUUAACACAGGUGUAACACUUUCAUUCACUGGAAAGCUGUUAUGGCUCUAAUGUGGCACAUGAGUAUUUUGUAGCUUGGGUAAUAGCUUUGAGCUAUUAACUCACAGGAGGAUUGAGGCUGGGAGUGUUAGUGUUGCAAGGUAACCUAUUGCUUAGGUACAAUCACCCAAGGUUAGUGUGCUGCCAAGCUCUGUGCUACCCAGUCUGUACUCUUUACAGACGCAUGAAUAUUUUGACUAUAUAUGCCAGUAUUAAGGACUUGUAGAAAUUUAACUAGGGUCCUACUCUAAACUGCAUGAGAAUUACUCUCUUAGGACCUUUCCUGAAAGCCUAUUAAUCUAAAUGUGAGAUACUGAUUAAUCCAGUGUGUCUUUGGCACACACCAUGUUCUGUUUUACAGAGAUUUGAUAACAUGUAGUAAAACCGAGCAUUUGGGACAUGAUAAAAUCAUUAAAGAUAAACCUAAAAAUAUUUUGUUUUGUUGAAGUGUGUAUUUGCAGUUACAAUGACAGACUGCACAGCAUUUAAUUGCUUAAUGCUGCAGUUACCAUAAAGUUUCUGAAGUUCUUCCAUAUCUUACUAAUGCAUACACUGUUAAUUACAAAAUACUUGUAAAUUGUUACUUCAGGAUGAUCAACGGUUGAUUAUGAGUGGCUAAACUUCAUUUUAUACAAAAACAAUGCUGGGGUUCACUCUAAGGUUUUUUAAAAUACACUGAUAUUAUUAGCCUUUCAUUCACUACCUCCUAAAUUUUUAACAUCUAUACAGUUUCCUCCCUGGAAGAAAAUACUUCAAGGCUUGACUGUUUUAUAGAGAUUUUAUCUUUCAGCUAAAAAAAAAAAAAGAAGAUAAAAAAUCCCAAAGUGAUGGUGAAGAUGCUACGCAUGAUUGACAAUGCUAUGCUGCUAUUAAUGUAAUUUGUGUGUUAAGUAUCCUGUAUAUGUAAAUUGUAUUUUCAAGCCAGAUUUUAUAAAUUAAUUUAUAAAAUAUCCAAAUUGUUUCAAAAUGGAAUGGAAAACUUACAAGUCCUUGGACUAGUGUUAUAUAUGUUGUGUACAUGCACAGGGGGGGAAAAGUCAUUCCUUACUUGCAACUGGGAGAUUUAAGUGCACCUUAAUAGGAAAAAGAACAAAUUCUUACUAGAAUUAAGAUGCAUUUACUUUGAAGUUCUGCUAUGAUACUGGAUAAGUCAAGCCUAACUGUGAAUCAUAUGGUUUUUUUUCCACAGCUGAAUUAAAUUUGGGACAAUGUUCUCACUAGCUGUCUUUAACAUGUGUAUUUUUGUGAAUAUUAUGUAUUUUCUAAUUAAAUUUUACUUGCAAUGUGAUUUUUACAUGAAUGAAACUUGUUAAAAAUGUCAAAUAUCAGUAUUUUUCUUACAACUUUAAUGUAUAAUGUACAUUGGUAUCUCACUGAAUGAAGUAUGAUUUUACAAAUCAAACUAGAUGUAGUUGUAUAUUAGUCUUAUAUUUUUACAGACUGGAAUAAUAAAUGGAUAUAGAAAUAAAGUGUGUUUUUUCUUGA